GGCACUUGCCCAAAACAAGUGGGAGUGGGCCCUCCCUUCUUCUAUCUCCGCCCUCACUGCGCUUACUUAUCUAGACCUGUCAAAACGAGCAUCAACGGAUCUGCAUCUAUGCUCUUGCAUCUCAGCGCGAUAAAACUACUGAACUUGAGCGACUGCGCAUUGUCUGGAAGCUUGCCACAGCGCAUCGGCGACCUCACCAGGCUCCAGUCCUUCGAUUUUUCCUCAGGAUCUAUCAUUGGAAGCAUACCAUCGACUAUCGGACAGCUGACCAACUUACAUGUUCUAUUUAUUAAAGAUUCUAACAUAAGUGGAACGAUACCAUCUACUCUUGGUCAACUCAGUAGCCUACGCCAGCUGUCCCUAGCUUAUAACUUUAUUGCAGGGACCCUUCCAGCAUCAAUCAGCAACUUGUCAAGUUUGGAAGUGCUGAGAUUGGGAGGCAACAAACUCACAGGAACUUUGCCUGCAUCACUUCAGAGCCUGACAUCACUUCUAACAUUGGAUCUGAGUUACAACUCGUUUACAGGCCUUCUCCCUUCAUCCCUCGGAAGCAUGAUAAGCCUUCAAUACUUAAACGUGGGGUACAACUUGUUCUCAGGAACUUUUCCUGCAUUGAUUGGAAGCAGCAUCAAUCUUCAGUACCUGGCUUGUCAAUGGACCAAUCUCUCGGGAACCUCGCCUGCGUCCCUGGGCAGCUUGACUAAACUGGCUUUGCUGCAGGGGCGUGCGUGGUGGACCAGCAGAGAGCAUCCGCCUUCUGCUCUUUCUGCCCCAACUUCUGCUCCUCCUGCUCUCCCCCGGGUCUCUGCUCCUCCUGCAAGCCACCAGGUGCCUGUGUGUGGGGACAUGGAGAGAGGAACUCGAAAGGGGCAUAUGGGAGCAGCAAAGAGGGGAUAUGGGGGCAGCAGAGAGGGGCUUUAA